GUACAAAAAUUAUAUAAAAUACAAUAUAAUCCUUCUGAUGACAAUUCUGAACAAAGUGUUGAUGAACCUUCCAAAUCUUCUGAAUAUAUUACCAAAAUAGAUAAUAUUUUGGAUAAUUUUGAUCUGGAUUAUGACAUUUUGGAUAAGAUUCAAUAUAAUGAAGACAACAACUGA